AAAGAAGUUUGGACUUCAUCGCCGCUCACUCCUCUCUCAUCAACUAUCGCCUUUCUCUUGUUCGCCCUAAUUUCAGCCGCUUCUUGCCGUUUUCUUCGUCGGAGACCAGUGGCCGGUGGCUUCCGUAGCAUUGGAACUGGUUUUUUUGUCCUUGUAGUUUAUGCUUUGUCUUGUAGUAGUAGAGAUCUCGUCCUUGAUUCAGUUAGUUUUGGAUAGAUCUGAGUAAGUGCUUGGUUGAUUCUGCAGAUCUAUUGGCCCUCGUUUGGGGAAUUUUUCGGUUUGUUUCAAGGGAUGACUUUUGUUUCGUUGAGGUUGCGGUAGGAGCGGUUAGAUCUGUUGAUCUUUUCCCGAACCUUGCCUUUCCCUCCGUCUCUUGUCUCCUUGCUUCAGCCAUCAAUUCCCAUUUGGAUUGCCCCAUUUCUUUUCAGAGGUUUCGUUAUGUUUUUGUUGUGAUAGUCUUCUUUGUUGGCAGUCGGUCUCUCCUCCUUAGUGUAGUUUGUUGUGGUUGUUAGCUUUCUCCUACCUUUGUGGUGUUCUCUCACGAUGAAGGUUCUCGGAGGCUAGGCUUCUCUCUUUGUCCUGCUUCAGAUCUUUUUUGAUAGCUUUUUGAAGACUUCUAUUUAGAUGUAUUUAGACGCCUCAGUCGUCACCGUCGCACCCGGAGGCUUGUUCGAGUUUAUUCCAGUUUGGUUGGCUUGCUGGGUUAUGAAGUUCUUGGUUCUGGUUUCGAGAGAUUGGCUCUCUUUAUGAUAGGAGGUGGCAGAUUUUUUUUCGGGGUGGCCGUGGGCAGCCGAAGUAAGUCUCAUCGCAAGUGCUUAUGAGGAGGAGGUCUUAUUUGCCGCUUGUAGCUAUUGUUUUCUUUGGUUUUUAGUCUUGUUGUCUCUGUUUAUGUAUUUGGGUUCGUUCUCUUACGUUUAGGGUCCAAUUUUUGCUGCUUUGUGUUUUAGUUUCUUUUGUUUCCCUUUCAUAGGGCUAUGCUUCCGGGGAUAUCUUCGUUUUCCUCCGGCUUUGUCUCCGAGAACUUUAAUUUCGUUCGUCGGCUUUGUUUCUCUUGUUUAGGCAUCGUGUAAUUCCCUGGUUCCACAUCAAGUUUAUCAAUCAAAUUUCAGUUUGAGUGACAAAAAAAAAAAGAAGUUUGGACUUUUGUUGUCAUAUGUGUUUAUUAUAAAUAGCCCAAGAUAAGAAAGGCUAAGUGGCCCAAUAACAAACAAAUAUAUAUAUCGAAAUAGGCUUCUUCGUCUCACACGUUAUUGACCAGAAGAGUGAAGAACCCUAGUUCCCAACAAGGUGACGAUGGCGGCAGCGAGCUUGAAUGCAUCUGGAAAAGGAUCGAAGAAACCAAAUGGGUUGAAGGAGUUUCUGGAAAGUCUAGAAGCUCUGAAGGCAGAUCUUAAAACCUUGAGUAAGGAGGAGCUGCUUGAACUGGAAAAGCGGCUGAAAAAUGUGGCUCGUAAGGCGAGGGAAGAGCUGGAGAGGCGUAUGGAGCAGCCCUAAUAUGUCUCUGUUUACCCCUUUUAAAAUGUCUUAAGGGUCGUUGAAAUUUAGUCUUAAUAAUCGAUUUAGUAGCUAUUGUCUUAAGGGUCGUUGAAAAUUAGUCUUAAUAUGUAGUAAAUGAUCGAUUUAGUACGUAAUGUUUUAGCUCCUGUACUGAGAGACUCAGGGAGUUGUUAUGUUGUAUCUUUGGAUCUAUAUAUGCUUGAUCCUUGACUAUUUUUAUUGAUGCUUAUCUCUCUCUGCUUUCUAUUCUGAUAGAGAAAUUUUGAUUUUGGCCAAGUUAAAAUAAGGAACUCAAC